AUGUCUUCUGAAGCUGCUAUUUCCUACGCUGCCUUGAUCUUGGCUGAUGCUGAAAUCCAAAUCUCCGCUGACAACUUGUUGUCUGUCACUAAGGCUGCUGGUGCCUCAGUUGACCAAGUCUGGGCUGACGUUUUCGCUAAGGCUUUGGACGGUCAAAACUUGAAGGAAUUGUUGUUCUCCUUCGCUGCUUCUGCUCCUGCUGCUGCUUCUACCGGUUCUGCUCCUGCUGCUUCUGGUGACGCUCCAGCUGCCGAAGAAAAGGAAGAAGAAGCUGCUGAAGAAUCUGACGAUGACAUGGGUUUCGGUUUGUUCGAUUAA